AUGGGUCUCCUUACCCCCUUUGUGCCCUACCAUUCGUCGGCUGGUUCGAGUACGAUUCGAAAAUUCGGUGGUCUCCUUACUGUUGAGUGGCUGGAGCCGCCCGCGGGCCGAAGUUUUAUGAUGCGUCAGACCUACAGACUGGACGUGGAAGGGCCGGUCUCGCCCGCCCUACGGAAGCUCAUUGACAGCCCUCAGCGGCCCGAUGGUCCUGCAAUGCAUUUCCAUCGGUACCAGAAUGAGUUCUUCCACGUUGAGCAUGGGAUCUGUGUGGCUGAGGUGGACGGCGUGACGCGCAACCUGACCCCAGAAGACGGAGAGGUCUCUCUCCAAGCGAACCAUAUCCAUCGAUUCUCGAUCCAUCCCGACUCCGGCGAAUUUAUGACAGUGCUGCUGAGUGGCUCAGAUGCUGGAAUUGACAACCAGCUUGACAGACUCUUCUUUGAGAAUUGGUACGGAUACUGGCACGACGCAUUGCUCUACGAUGGUGGCCUGGAUUUCAUUCAAAAAUUACAGAUGCUCGAUGCGGGUGGACACUAUACUCCAGCCCCGGCAUGGAUGCCCUUCCGGCUUUUCUUUGGCUACUGGACUAGUGUGGUUCUUGGCCGCUGGCUUGGGGGUUUACUAGGCUACAAGCCAUUCUUCAAAGAAUAUUCGACGGAUUGGGAAUUCGCUGUAACAAAAAUGAAGAGUUCAUUCUGGACUCGGCGAUUAGUUGACGACUUUUGGGGCGCGAAGGAGCGCUGGAGUAGGGAAGCAGAUCUCUCUGCUGGACCUAUUCCGACCAAUGCAGAACUCCAAUAUCUACUGGAGGAUGUCACAGAAGCCAACAGAGCUCUUAAGGCAAAGGCUGCGGAGAAGAGCUUGAAAAAUGGCUCAUAUGGUAAUGGAACUAAUGGAGUCGUUCACAACGGUGAGACAUCUAGAACAGAAGAGGAGACGGAUAUUGGUAUCUCUUCUGGGUUGAAAUCCGAUUCUGCUCAGGCUCGGAAGCGCUGA